UGCAAGAAGGACAAAUCACGAAAGUAUAGGGGCGAAAAUUAAUUUAUUUGAUUUUACUUCAAUUUGUCAUCUUCUUCGAUAACCCUCGAGUCUUUACAUGUGCGAUCCCUAAAGUCUCCUCCAAUCAAUUUUCUUCUGCUUUUUUACAGGCCUGUAACGGUGCGACCUCCUAUUUCAUGGAAGAAAGUUCAAGAUUGCCGUUGCCGGACGCGUUCCUUGAUUUUCUCCGGGAAAAUGGGCUUGAUCCUUCGAUGUACACUGCAAGCGAUUCGACCCCUCGUUACGUAAGGUUGAAACCUAGUUGUGAAGAUUUUGUUGAAGAGAUUGAAGAUGAGAUGAAAUGCAAGCUUGAGAAAGUGGUUUGGUUACCUGGGUUCUAUUCUCUUCCGCCUGAUAUUCAGAUUGCUAGCUCAAGGGCGUACCGAGAAGGAAAGAUGUACGGAAUUGAUGCGGCCUCUGGAGCUGCCGUCAGAGCACUAGAUGUUUCGGCAGGAGAUCAUGUCCUUGAUCUUUGUGCUGCCCCUGGUGCUAAACUGUGUAUGAUAGCAGAUAUUCUUGGAAAAUCAGGAUCUGUUACGGGAGUUGAUGUUGCAAGCCAACGUAUGGCAGCUUGUAGAACUUUGCUACAGAAAUAUGCACUGGGUGAUCGAUGCCGACUCUUUGUUGCUGAUGGAACGACAUUUGCCAUUCUUCCUGUGAUGUUUCAUUCAGAUUCAAAAUCAUGUGAAAGUAAAGUGGAAGGAAAGGGAGAUGCAUUCAGGGAGUGGACAUCUAGAAGACCAUAUAAGGAAAGAAAAAAAGCAACUAAAGUUAAGAAAACCAUUUCUUCACAGUUGGUCCGGGGGACUCCAAAUCAAGAACUUAUAUUUUAUGGGCGGCAUUCUGGAGUGGUUGGGCUCACUAGAAGUGAAUUAUAUCAACCUGCUUGUGAAUGUGAGGUUUCAAGGCGGGGCUACGACAAGGUCCUUGUAGAUGCAGAGUGCACUCAUGAUGGGUCAAUUAGACAUAUUCAAAAAUUUGAACAAUGGGGUUGGACAACUCUUCAGCGUCGUGUUUUGGAUGCAGAAAGAACUGAUAGCUUGACUGAUCUUCAGUUGAGACUUCUGAGCAACGGUUUUAACCUGCUAAAAGUUGGGGGAUCACUGGUCUACAGCACUUGCAGUUUAACAGUUGCUCAAAACGAAGAUGUUGUAGAGCAGUUUCUCAAGGAUCAUGCUUCUGCUGAGCUGCAGGAGGUGGAGGAUGCCAAAAAUUGGCCUUGCAAGAGUGGGCGGAUACCAAAGACCUUGCGCUUUGACCCUUUGAAAUCGCAAACUAGUGGACUCUUUGUAGCAAAGUUCAUGAAAUUGGCCAUUUAAUGAGGAGUUUCCCUGGUUGAAUCUUUUGCCCUGGUGGAUAAAAACUGCUCAUUGGCUGCUAACCUUUUACGAAAGGGAUUGAUAUAGUCCUAUAGUAUGAGUUGAACGAUCUAAGACAACAGUUACUUUCUGGGUCACUAGGUUAUUCCUGUAUAUUGAUGCUACCUCAGCUUUCAACAUUGGUCUUGUCAUCCAAGCAGGGGGAACCUGUGAAAAAACUUCAUUUUCUUUGACUCUUCCGGAGUUGCAUUUUACAGGCUUUUCUGAAGGAAAAGAGAGAAAAGAAGAAGAGGAGGAGGAGGAGGAAAAGGAGAGAAGAAGAGAAGCGACCGCUGCCCGCCGGGGGGGGGGGGGGG